UCCUUUACCUCUCUCUCUCCUCAAGCUAGAAAACUGCGAAGUAGAUCAUGCCAUGUCUCUAGAUUCUCUGCCUCCCAAUUUUCCCUCACUUUCUCUCGCGUCUCCUAAACGUUUUCUUUGCAUCCAAACAACGCAUUCUCGAAUUUUCUCUGCCUGAAGACGGCUCGAUUUUUCUACAACUCGGAUCGAUUUGAAUCUACUCAGAGCUGGAGAUGUAUCUGCGAUUGGUUUCUCGAUCAUGAGAUUGAAGUGAAACUUUCCUGGAGUUGCUUCUAGAUCGACGAUCAUGUCGAUAAAAACUGGAUCCCGUGAAUGUAGGACGUCUUUCGAUUUCUCAUAUUUUACGUUGAGCUGUGUUGAUUUGGUCGGGGUUUCGGCGGAAGAAGGGGUUUGGUGCUGAGGAGCUUCGCUUGAAAUUUUGUUUAUGUCGAGGAACGGAAGGAUGGCUUCAGAUCUUAGCCGAACUGGUCCAGUAGAGAGGGAUAUCGAGCAGGCCAUUACUGCCCUCAAAAAGGGAGCUUACUUGCUUAAGUAUGGAAGACGGGGGAAGCCUAAGUUCUGUCCAUUUCGCCUUUCUAAUGAUGAAACUGUUUUGAUAUGGUUCUCAGGGAAGGAAGAGAAACAUCUAAAGCUGAGCCAUGUUUCUAGAAUCAUAUCUGGGCAACGCACCCCUAUUUUUCAGAGGUAUCCGCGCCCAGAGAAGGAAUAUCAGUCGUUUUCGCUAAUAUAUAAUGAAAGGUCUUUGGAUUUGAUCUGCAAGGAUAAAGAUGAGGCCGAGGUGUGGUUUAGUGGUCUGAAAGCCUUGAUUUCACGCUGCCAUCAACGGAGGUGGAGAACAGAAUCGAGAAGCGACGGGACACCAUCUGAAGCUAAUAGCCCGAGAACAUACACAAGACGGAGCUCCCCUUUGCAUUCUCCGUUUAGCAGCAAUGACAGCUUUCAAAAGGAUGGUUCUAAUCACCGUCUUCAUAGUCCAUAUGAGAGUCCUCCUAAGAAUGGCCUUGACAAAGCAUUUUCGGACAUGGCAUUAUUUGCAGUUCCUUCUAAUGAAUUUUUCCCCUCAGGCCCUGUGACCGUUUCAGUUCACUCUUUGUCAUCUGGAGGCUCAGAUAGCAUGCAUGGUCACAUGAAGAGUAUGGGCAUGGAUGCUUUUAGGGUUAGCUUGUCAAGUGCUGUUAGUUCCUCUAGCCAUGGUUCUGGUCAUGAUGACGGAGAUGCAUUGGGAGAUGUUUUCAUAUGGGGAGAAGGCAUAGGGGAAGCUGUUUUGGGUGGUGGGAACCAUCGAGUUGGAAGUUCCUUUGACAUAAAAAUGGAUUCCUUAUUGCCAAAAGCUUUAGAAUCAACGAUAGUACUUGAUGUCCAAAAUAUUGCUUGUGGUGGACAGCACGCUGUCCUUGUGACAAAGCAAGGAGAAAUUUUCUCUUGGGGAGAGGAGUCUGGAGGCAGGAUGGGCCAUGGAGUUGAUUCUGAUGUUCAACAUCCAAAGCUCAUCGAUGCACUUAGCAACACAAAUAUCGAACUUGUAGCAUGUGGUGAAUACCACAGUUGUGCAGUUACACUAUCAGGAGAAUUGUAUACCUGGGGAAAAGGGGAUUUCGGUGUUCUUGGACAUGGAAAUGAGGUCAGUCAUUGGCUCCCAAAAAGGGUAAAUUUUCUGUUGGAGGGCAUACAUGUGUCUUCCAUUGCUUGUGGACCUUACCACACAGCUGUUGUGACAUCUGCUGGGCAGUUGUUUACUUUCGGUGAUGGGACCUUUGGUGUAUUGGGCCACGGAGACAGAAAAAGUGUUUCCAUACCUAGAGAGGUGGACUCUUUGAAAGGCCUCCGCACCGUCCGAGCUGCCUGUGGUGUAUGGCACACGGCAGCAGUUGUAGAAGUCAUGGUUGGGAGCUCAAGCUCAAGUAACUGUUCUUCAGGGAAGCUGUUUACAUGGGGCGAUGGUGAUAAGGGCCGUCUUGGUCAUGGUGAUAGGGAACCGAGAUUUGUACCUACUUGUGUUGCUGCCCUUGUCGAACCCAAUUUUUGUCAAGUUGUGUGUGGGCACAGCCUUACAGUAGCACUUACAACAUCUGGUCACGUAUAUACUAUGGGCAGUCCUGUUUAUGGUCAGCUUGGAAAUCCACAUGCAGAUGGAAAGGUUCCGAUCCGUGUUGAAGGCAAACUUCACAAGAGUUUUGUGGAAGAGAUUGCUUGUGGUGCUUAUCAUGUUGCAGUUUUAACUUCGAGAACAGAGGUUUACACUUGGGGAAAGGGAUCAAAUGGUAGACUAGGUCAUGGGGAUAUAGAUGAUAGAAAUACUCCGACAUUGGUGGAUGCUCUGAAGGAUAAACAAGUGAAAAGUAUUGCGUGUGGUACUAAUUUCACCACAGCUGUCUGCCUUCACAAGUGGGCGUCGGGGAUGGACCAGUCCAUGUGUUCAGGUUGCCGCCAGCCUUUCAAUUUCAAGAGAAAGCGGCACAAUUGCUAUAACUGUGGACUAGUAUUUUGCCAUUCAUGCAGCAACAAAAAAUCUCUGAAGGCUUCUAUGGCCCCGAACCCGAACAAACCAUAUCGGGUCUGUGACAAGUGUUUUAGCAAAUUAAAGAAGGCCAUGGAAACUGAUCCAUCAUCUCAUUCUUCUCUGAGUAGAAGAGGAAGCAUCAACCAUGGAUCAGAUUCAGUUGACAAAGAUGAGAAGUUGGAUUGUAGAUCCGACGGCCAGUUGGCGAGAUUUUCAUUGAUGGAGUCCAUGAGGCAAGCGGAUGGUAGGUUCAAGAAAAACAAGAAGUAUGAAUUCAAUAGUAGCCGUGUCUCUCCUAUACCAAACGGAGGAUCUCAAAGGGGUGCACUAAACAUAUCCAAGUCCUUCAAUCCAGUAUUUGGAUCAUCAAAGAAGUUCUUCUCAGCUUCUGUUCCUGGUUCUAGAAUCGUGUCUCGGGCUACUUCGCCAAUAUCAAGACGUCCUAGCCCACCGCGUUCAACAACACCAACCCCCACUUUAAGUGGACUAACCACACAGAAAAUUGUUGUGGAUGAUGUUAAGAGAACCAACGAUAGCCUCAGCCAAGAGGUUGUUAAGCUACGAGCUCAGGUUGAAAAUCUUACGCGGAAGGGGCAGCUUCAAGAAACCGAGCUCGAAAGAACAACCAAACAACUGAAAGAGGCAUUAGCAAUCGCUAGCGAAGAGACAGCAAGAUGCAAGGCAGCCAAAGAAGUCAUCAAAUCACUUACCGCUCAAUUAAAAGACAUGGCUGAAAGACUACCUGUAGGAUCCGCUCGGACUGUCAAGUCAUCGUCCCUCAGUUCAUUUGGCUCGAGCCCUUGUUACGUUGACCCUUCUAACUCUAUCUUUGACCAACAGUCGUUCCAAGAACCUGAGCCAAACGGGUUGAACACCCCAUUGUUUUCCAACGGGACCAGCACUCCUGUCUUUGAUGGGGUAAGUUACCGACAUCAGGGUAAUUCCGAAACGACGAAUAGAGCCGGGAACCGAUCAAAAGAGAGCGAGAACGAAUGGGUCGAACAAGAUGAACCUGGUGUGUACAUCACUCUCACCGCCUUGCCUGGUGGAGCAAGAGACCUCAAACGCGUUCGUUUCAGUCGAAAGCGUUUUAGCGAGAAGCAAGCGGAACAAUGGUGGGCCGAGAAUAGAGCACGAGUAUACGAACAAUACAACGUCCGUACGGUUGAUAAAUCCAGUGUUGGUGUAGGAAGUGAAGACAUACCUCAUUGAAUUCGUUUCUUUUACCACCAAAAUAACACCAAAUCGGACUUUUCAUGGCUUAUAUUUUUUUUUUCCGACCAAAUUCGCGCCCCGUGAUCGGGUUUCGGCAAGUUUGUGAGGAAAUCGGGUUGGAUAUAAUGACAAAUAUAGAGAUUAGGGUUAUUUUUCCUUCUUUGAUGCUAGUUUGGCAUUGUAUGUGUUCAUUUUCUGUUUUCAGGGUUUGUCAUGUGUCACCCUGAGUAGUGGGAAUGGUAUGAUUUUUUUUUUUUUUUUUUUUUGCUUCUUUGUAUGGGGUGAAAUUUAGUAAGUUGUAAAUUUUUUGUGGGUAACACUGUAAAGUCUACAAGCGCAUUAUGUUUUACUCUACAAAAUAUUAUUGCU